CCGCAUAGCAACAGCGUUGCUCGUUGAGGUUUUUGCAGGCGUCGCAGCUCACGAACGGGCUCUCGUUCUUGCAGGUGCUGGGCAGGCAGCAGUAUAUCGUGCGACCGAUUGGUAAUGGAGGAGAGUUGCACGCCCGGGACCGGCAGCGACAACCCAGCGAUUGCCGGAAGUAGCGGGAUCAUCAGCGAGGCCGCGUUGGCACACGCGCCAGCCUUGACCGAACGAAACCUCCGGGAAUACGGAAUUCCUCUGCAGCAAGCCAUCGAAAAGUUUGAAACUUGGUGGAACUCCAUAUCUGUAACUUCCGGCGUUAAGCCGCGAUUUGUCGUGGACGGCCAAGCACCGAUGAGGCAAUGCCUGCAUCCGGAGGCUUGCAAUAAGGACAUCGAACUACCGGAAUAUUACAACUAUUUCUAUGAUCUCCGGAAGGAAUUCGUAGAGUGCUACUCGUCUCACGGCGAGUUGUCGACUCUUGGAGUGCAAGAAAUGUUGCAAUAUUUUGGAAUGCCGCCUGAUACUGAGAAUGAUUUUCACGUGAAAGAAAUACAGGACAUGAUCAGCGUGAUACAGAGGAUGAUCAAGGACGGUCACGUUUUUCAAAAUCCAGAGGUGAUUAAUAUUGUCCUGGAACCUGGGAUAUGCUCUAAAGACGAGGAAGUGGAUAAUGAUUGCGUAGUGAGAGCACGCGGUCUACCCUGGCAAUCUUCAGAUCAGGACAUUGCCAAAUUUUUUCGUGGGCUGAAUGUCGCCAAGGGUGGUGUAGCUCUUUGUUUAAGUCCUAUGGGAAGGCGUAACGGCGAGGCAUUGGUACGGUUUAUUAAUAAAGAGCAUAGAGACAUGGCACUGAAGCGGCAUAAACAUCACAUGGGUGCACGAUACAUAGAGGUUUACAAGGCCUCUGGGGAGGAUUUUGUUGGCGUUGCUGGUGGUACGAGCGGGGAGGCACACGCUUUUCUGUCACGCGGGGCUCAAGUCAUCGUUAGAAUGAGGGGCUUGCCAUAUGAUUGUGUUGCUAAACAAGUGCUGGAAUUUUUUCAUUCUGGACAAAAACCAUGCCAAGUGUUGGAUGGCGAGGAUGGCGUGCUAUUUGUAAAGAAACCAGAUGGCAGAGCAACAGGUGAUGCAUUCGUAUUGUUCGCAAAGGAAGAAGAUGCAGUAAAAGCGUUGAGCAAACACAGAGACUGCAUCGGCAGCCGUUACAUUGAACUUUUUCGAAGCACAACUGCGGAAGUGCAACAGGUUCUGAAUAGAGCGACUGAUCCAAAGCAAGUGAUAUUACCACCACCUCCUAUCGCGCAACUUCCACCUCUGCUUC